CAUUUUGCAUUUAUCAUUUGACCUCACGAACAUCAUCGUCGGGUGUCCGCUUUAAUUUACAUAAAAAUAUCCGGACGGGAAGCGCCACCGCGGUAGUAACCCAGCCAGGAGCCGAGAGCUCGGCGGCGCGCUGCGCGUGCACUCGAACAUCAGUUUGUCGCCUUUGCGAAGCCUCCUGCUCGUGACGUAGCGAAAGGAGAGAUGCUGCUGUUUGAGCGUCUGUUUUGUGUUUAGGCCAUGGCCAGAACGAUGUUGGGCUGAGUGCAGCAGCAGACGACGCCCUACCCCCUUCAUUCGCUUCUCCGGACUCGUCAUUGUCAUCCCUGUCCCCGCGACUGGCCAUGUUCCUGCCGCUUCUGUUGCUGCUACGCGUCGGAAGCUCCCUGGGUAACCCGGCCGAAGACGGGGCGCCCCGCAGCGGCCACGGAGAUCCGGGAGAGCCAACCUUCGAGGAGCCACAUCAGGAUUCAUACAGCACUUUCGCUGCCGAGCUCUUCGAAUCCCGAUACCUAAGCCAAGAAGGUUAUCCAUUCCCGACUGCACCUCCUGUGGAUCCUUUUGCACGGAUUAAAGUAAGCGACUGUGGAAUAACAAAAGGAUGUUUCAGAUAUGGGAAACCAGGCUGUGAUGCUGAGACUUGCGAUUAUUUUCUAAGUUACCGCAGAAUCGGUGCGGAUGUUGAGUUUGAGCUCAGUGCAGACACAGAUGGCUGGGUGGCAGUAGGGUUUUCCUCUGACAAAAAGAUGGGAGGUGAUGAUGUAAUGGGCUGUGUGCAUGAUGACAAUGGUAGGGUUCGGAUACACCACUUCUACAAUGUUGGGCAGUGGGCUAAGGAAAUUAAAAGAAACCCAGCCAGAGAUGAGGAGGGAAUAUUUGAAAGCAACAGAGUCACCUGUAGAUUCAAGCGGCCAGUUUAUGUUCCUAGAGAGGAAACCAUUGUGGAUCUUCACCUGAGCUGGUACUAUUUGUUUGCUUGGGGGCCAGCUAUACAAGGAUCCAUCACCAGGCAUGACAUUGACUCCCCUCCAGUGUCCGAUUACAUGGUUAGCAUAUACAGCUAUCAGGACAUCUUCAUGCCUUCAGCAGCAUAUCAGACAUUUUCGUCUCCAUUCUGUUUGCUGCUUAUUGUUGCGCUGACCUUCUAUUUACUUAUGGGAACACCUUAACUAGGAGUGGGAUGGCAGCUUAUAUAAAAUUUUCAAUCUUGGAACUAACAGAACAAGGAAUGACUGGAAACUAGCUAAUAAAUUCAGAACUGUGCCAGUCCUAAAAGGAUGUGCAGACGAUUGUAUCACUGUCACCUCCAUAUAAAUGUGCAUCUCUAAUGGCAGAAGGGAUGGCUUCCUCUUAAAUCUGAGGCAGGUGACUAUGUUUACAUUCCUUCUUCAACCUCAAUUCUUUGCCUUGCUGUGUGGUAAUGCUAAAGUGGUGAAUCAACUGUAGUGAUACUGUACACAUUUACAACUGGAUUGCAUAUACUAGUUAGAGUAAUCAAUGUACCCACUUUUAGCCCGAUGAGCCAAGAGUAAAGCAGUAUUAUAGUCACUACAGUCUGCAAAGUGACAUCCAAAAAUGCCUUUAUAAAAAAAAAAAAAAAAAAAAAAAA